AUGGCAGAGUUCUUCACACGUCCGGAGUUACACACCCAAACUCCAGUUGCUGUUGUGCUGGUCAUAAUCCUGAACGUUAAGGGCUCCGUGGAGGACCCUCUCCUGGCGUGUUUACAGGACCCUGACUACGAGGAGCUCCUGGGGGUGAUGGCCAAGGGUCUGCCUGUCACCAAUUCCCCCCAGCAUGUAGCCAUUGUGGGAGGGGGUAUCGCUGGACUCACUGCAGCUAAACUCUUAGAGAGUGUUGGACACAAGGUGACUCUGAUUGAGGCGAGCCAUCGGCUGGGUGGCAGGGUGGAAACCUAUAGGAAUGAGAGGGAGGGCUGGUAUGCAGAGCUCGGAGCCAUGCGGAUCCCCAGCUUUCACAAGAUUCUGUUAACGUUGGUGGCCCAGUUGGGACUCCAGCUGAAUGUCUUCAUUCAGGACGACGACAACACAUUUUACUAUGUCAACGGGCUGCUGCACAGAACCUCCACAGUUAAGGAGAACCCAGACGUGCUGGGUUACCCGCUCAACGACACUGAGACAGGCAAAUCUGCCACUCAACUUUUCGACAUUGCACUAGGGAAGAUACGAGAUGAUUUAAAAACUAUUGGCUGCAAUUCUGUGCUGAAAAAAUAUGAUUCAUAUGCUGUCAAGGAAUAUUUGGUGAAGGAAGCAAACCUGAGUCGAGGAGCACUAAGAAUGAUAGGAGACAUCCUGAAUGAGAACAGCAUCUUUUACACAGCCCUGACAGAGAUGCUAUACAUUCAAUCUGAUAUAAAUGACAAUAUUGAGUAUUAUGAAAUCAUCGGAGGCUCAGACCUCCUGAUCAAAUCGAUGGCCGACAUGCUUAACAGCACAUUACUCUUCGGGUCAAAGGUCAAGCGCAUAACUCAGUCGGAUGACAACGUAACCGUGACAUAUCAAGACUGGCGUAACCCCUCGUCCCUCGCAAACGUCACAGCAGACUACGUCUUGAUGACCGCCUCGGCCAAGGCCACGCUGUUUGUCGACUUCCAGCCGCCCCUUUCCAACCUCAAGAUGGAGGCCCUGCGCUCUGUGCACUACACUAGCUCCACCAAGGUGGUGCUCAGCUUCAGCGAGAGGUUCUGGGAGACGGAGGGCAUCAGGGGCGGGAAGUCCAUCACGGAUUUGCCCUCUCGCUUCAUCUAUUACCCCAGCCACGGCUUCUCUGGGAAGGGAGGGGCCCUCCUGGCCUCCUACACAUGCUCAGAUGACUCGGCGCUGUUCCAGGGAGUCAGGGAUGAUGACCUGAUGGAGGCGGUGCUGAACGACCUGGUUAAGAUCCACGGCGAGGGCAUCCGCGGCCUGUGCACUGGAGGCGUGGUGAAGAAGUGGGGUCUGGACCCCUACAGCCUCGGGGCGUUUGCUAUUUACACUCCCUACCAGCAGACGGACUAUGCCACUGUGCUCUUCAACAGCGAGAGGAGGGUUCACUUUGCAGGGGAGCACACCGCCUCUCCCCACGGCUGGAUUGAGACUGCAAUGAAAUCUGCCAUCCGAGCUGCUAGAAAUAUUAACCAGUCUGCUAUAGCCCACGGGUGAGGGCCCCAGGCUCUUCUAUAAGAUGAUUUACCAUUACCUCUAGGUUAACUUGACCUGGUGUAGUCAGGUUCUUGCCAUACUCCCCUGCAUGUCAAUGAA